AUGAAUAAAGGUUUAUCGAAAAUAUUAGAAUUAGGUUUUUUUGUAGGUAGUUUUUUUUUCAUAUGGUAUAUUACUGGUGAAAAGAUAUUUAAAAGAAAAAAAAAGAUUGUUAAAGAGAACAUUUUAUUAAUUUUAAGAAAUUUAUGUUAUGAAAUUUAUACAGUAUUAUGUGAGACAUCAAAAACUACAAAACAUGUUUAUGACAUGUUAAAAAAUGAAUCUAAUACUACCAUAGAAUUAAGUAGACUAGAAGAAGUAUUACUAAAUAAUGGUUACAAAAAAAAAAUUGAAGAUGUAGAAAAAAAUGUAUUAAAAAGAUUUAAUGUAAGUGUAGAAGAUUUUUAUGAAGAAUUAAAAAAUUAUGAAAAAGAUCCAGAUGUACAAAAAUAUUUAAAUUCAAUAAAAAAAAUGUAUAAUGAAGCCCUUCUAGGGUUACAACCAAAAUUACCUUCCAUUGAUGAAAAAAUUUCUGAAGAUGUUAUUAUUAAUUUAACUAGUCUUAUUUAUAAAGAAAAAAGGAAAAUAUAUAAAACAAAAAUAGAUUCUAUGUUAAAAAAUAAUGAAAUUAUUGAUAUCCAAAAUACCUUGUCUAAUGCUCAAUUUUUUGAAAACCUACAUAAAUCUACACAACAUGUAGAAGAACAAAUCAUUAAAGAAAAUAAUAACUUAGUACCAAAUCUUUUUACCUUUAAAUAUUUAGUUAGCUAUUAUUCUAAUGAUCCUAAUUUUUUGCAAAAAAAAAAAUAUCUAGAAUCCAAACAUGGAGAAAAAAUGAUAAAAAUAUUGAAAAUUAAAACAAGCAAAAAGAAGAAAAAAAGAGCACAUAAAGAAGAUCGUCAAAGUAGUAAUAGUAGUGUUAGCUUUAAAAGCACACCCAGCCUUGAUGUAUACAAUGUUCCACAUCUUGGUACUCUUGAAAAAGAGGAAGAUCACUACUCUCAGCAAUCUAAAGAAAUGGAACACAUGGACAAAGAUAGCCAUGUAGAUUUCAUUCCACAUAAUGUAGAUGCAAAUCUAGAUAAACGGGAUGAACAAAUUGAAUACAUCAGUGAAAGUGGUGACAUGCAACCAGAAAAGGAAUACUACGAAGGGGAGCAUAUUACUAUUAGAUAUGAAGAAGAAGAAGAUAUUAGUGAAAUAUAUGAAGAAGAUCGUGCAAGUCGUAUAUAUGAAGAAGAUCGUGCAAGUGGUAUAUAUGAAGAAGAGCAUGCAAGUGGUAUAUAUGAAGAAGAUCAUGAAGAAAGAUAUAGGACGAGCCAAGUAUCUGAACGUUCAAUUAAAAAAAGUGUAACAAGUCAACAAGAUGAUAUUAUUCAUAGUCAUGAAGAGGAUAAUUAUGUUAGUGACAGAGAAGUUAUACAUGAUGAUAGUUUUGUAGGAGACAAAGAUCAAAUUUUUGAUGAUAAUUAUGUAAGUGAACGGGAAGAAAUUAAACAGGAUGAUGAUUAUAUAAGUGAACGGGAAGAAAUUAAACAGGAUGAUGAUUAUAUAAGUGAACGGGAGGAAAUUAAACAGGAUGAUGAUUAUAUAAGUGAAAGGGAGGAAUUUAAACAAGAUGAAAGUUUUGUAGGAGACAAAGAUCAAAUUUUUGAAGAUGAUAAUUAUGUAAGUGAAAGGGAGGAAAUUAAGCAGGAUGAUGAUUAUAUAAGUGAACGGGAGGAAAUUAAACAAGAUGAUGAUUAUGUAAAUGAAAGGGAAGAAAUUAAACAAGAUGAUGAUUAUGUAAGUGAAAGGGAAGAAAUUAAACAAGAUGAAAGUUUUGUAGGAGACAAAGAUCAAAUUUUUGAAGAUGAUAAUUAUGUAAGUGAAAGGGAGGAAUCUAAACAAGAUGAAAGUUUUGUAGGAGACAAAGAUCAAGUUUUUGAUGAUGAUUAUGUAAGUGAACGGGAGGAAAUUAAACAAGAUGAUGAUUAUGUAAGUGAAAGGGAAGAAAUUAAACAAGAUGAAAGUUUUGUAGGAGACAAAGAUCAAAUUUUUGAAGAUGAUAAUUAUGUAAGUGAAAGGGAGGAAUUUAAACAAGAUGAAAGUUUUGUAGGAGACAAAGAUCAAAAUUUUGAUGAUGAUUAUGUAAGUGAAAGGGAAGAUAUUAAACAAGAUGAUGAUUAUAUAAGUGAACGGGAUGAAAUUAAACAAGAUGAUAGUUUUGCAGGAGACAAAGAUCAAAAUUUUGAAGAUGAUAAUUAUGUAAGUGAAAAGGAGGAAAUUAUAUACGAUAAUAAUAAUAUAAGUGACAGAGAGCAAGUUAUACAAGAUGAUAAUUAUGUAAGUGACAAAGAAGAAAUUAUAUACGAUAAUAAUAAUAAUAAUAAUAUAAGUGAUAGUGAAGUAGAUAAAGAAAAUAAUAAUUAUGUUUAUGAAAAUGAUGAAAUUAUUAAAGAUAACAAAAGUAUGAACGAAAAAGACUCAAGUAUUCAUUAUGAUGAAGAAGGAACAGUUAAAAAUAAAGAUAUUAUUGAAAAUGUGAAGGAGGAAAAUAGUGAUAUACAAAUGUUAGAAAAUGAUAUAAUUAAUAAUAUAAACAAUGAAAUAAUAGAUAAUAAUGAAAAUGAAAUAAUUAAUAAUCAAAGUAAAGUAGAAAAUAAUACAAGUAUGACAGAAUAUGAAGAUGUUAUAGAUAUGGAUUACAAAUCUCCAGAAAAUUUAUUUAUGUUUGAUCAAGAAUACAAUAUUAAUGAAGAUCAUAAAGGAGAAAUUAAUAAUAAUGAUAAUGAUAACAGUAAAAGUGUGUCUGGAAUGGGUGAACGAGAAGUUAGUAAUGAAGAAAAUAGGGAAGAUGAAAUGAUAAGAAAUGAAGAAGUAGAUUAUAUAAAAGAUGAUGAUGAACAUAAUACAGACGAUAUAAAAGAAGAUGAUGAACAUAAUGCAGACGAUAUAAAAGAAGAUGAUGAACAUAAUGUAGACGAUAUAAAAGAAGAUGAUGAAAAUAAUGCAGAUGAUAUAAAAGAAGAUGAUGAACAUAAUGCAGACGAUAUAAAAGAAGAUGAUGAACACAAUACAGACGAUAUAAAAGAAGAUGAUGAACAUAAUACAGACGAUAUAAAAGAAGAUGAUGAACAUAAUGCAGACGAUAUAAAAGAGGAUGAUGAAAAUAAUGCAGAUGAUAUAAAAGAAGAUGAUGAACACAAUACAGACGAUAUAAAAGAAGAUGAUGAACAUAAUACAGACGAUAUAAAAGAAGAUGAUGAACACAAUGCAGAUGAUAUAAAAGAUGAUGAACACAAUACAGACGAUAUAAAAGAUGAUGAACACAAUACAGACGAUAUAAAAGAUGAUGAACAUAAUGCAGAUGAUAUAAAAGAUGAAGAUAAUGAUCAAGUAGAAGACAAUCAAGAAUUAAAUGAAAAUUUAGAAGGUUCAGAUGUACCGAAGGAUGAUGAAGCUUUGAAUAUUGAGGAUACAUCUGAAGAACAAAAAGAGACAGAUGAUAAGAUAGAAUCUGGUUCUGUACGUGAUAAAAAGAAUGAAGGUUCAACUGAGAAAAAAAUUGAAACCAAAAAAGGUGGUUUACUUAUGGGUAUUAUGAAGAGAAAAAGAUUUAUGUCAAGAGAUCCAAAAAAGAAGUCAUAA